AUGAGCUCCAAGGGCAAGAAGAAGCAACAGGUUGUUGAGGAGGAUGACGAGCUGGAUCAAUUGUUGGAGGAUUUAAACCUCAAGCCCACGGUAGAUGAUAAGAAAUUAGAGUCUCAGCAGAAAGUCGAAACGAAAUCAGAUCAACCAAUUGAUGACAUAUCUGAGGCAAAUGAUGGAAAUGAAGUAACAGUUAGCACUGACACUAUUUCAAAAAGUAAGAAAAAGAAGGAGAAGAAGAAGGAAAAGAAGAAGGAGAGGGGCGAGGAUUAUGAACCUGACAAGUCUAAGGGUAAAAAGGUCUCAGCGGCAGCAAAAGCAGCGGCAGAAAGGCUUAAACUGGUUCAGGAGUUCCAAGAACUUAAAAGGCUGGAGGAAGAGGAGGAGCAGAGGCGUAUUGCAGAAGAGGAGGAGAGGAUAAGAUUGAAAGAAGAGAUGAUUGAAAGGGAGAAACAGCUGAAGAAGCAACAAAGGCAAGAAAGGAAAGAGAGACUUAAGCAACAGGGCAAGUUACUUACUUCAAAGGAGAAAGAGAAUCUUGCUAGGAACAAAAUCUUUCUUGAACAACUAAAGGCCAAAGGCAUAAUACCCAUUGUUUCACAGUCUAUUUCUGAAGAAGCUAAAGGUACCGGGAAAAGACUCCUAAUUGACAGUAGGAAGAGGAGACCCAAAAAAUCUAAUAAAAAUCAAUUGGAAAAUGAACAACCAUCUGAACUUGAAUUCAAGAAAACCGGCAAUGAGGAUAACAAAUCAGAUUCAGGAAACGAAUCUAACUCAUCCGACAGUAGCAUUGGCAGUUCCAAUAGUUCAUUGAAUGAUGAUUGGGAGAAAAUACAAUUGGAAUCGGAUAGUGAGCCACAAAAAAUUGUAAAGUCCUCUAGCAUAGAGAGUUUGAAACACAUUACAAACCCAGCUAAUGAAUCAAAGAAUGAUAAAGAGGAGUUACCAUAUCGAUCCCCUGUUUGCUGUGUAUUGGGUCAUGUGGAUACAGGGAAGACUAAGUUAUUGGAUAAAAUUCGACAUACAAAUGUGCAAAAAGGCGAGGCGGGAGGAAUUACACAGCAAAUUGGCGCCACAUUCUUCCCAAAAGAUGCACUGGAAGUUCACUCUAAAAUGGUGAAUCCCAACUUCAACGUACAAAUACCCGGGCUACUAAUCAUAGAUACUCCUGGGCACGAAUCCUUCAAUAAUCUACGUGCAAGAGGUUCAUCUUUGUGUGACAUUGCUAUAUUGGUUGUUGAUGUAAUGCACGGAUUGGAACCACAGACAAUAGAAUCAAUCGGACUGCUCAAAAAUCGCAAUUGCCCCUUCAUAAUCGCCAUGAAUAAGGUGGAUAGGGUGUAUGGGUGGAAGGCGCAGCCUUGGAAACCAAUUCUUGAGACCUUGGCGCAACAGAAGGAAUCAGCAAAGGAGGAAUUGUAUGAUCGUAUCCGACGAAUACAGAAUGAAUUAUCAGGGCAGAGUUUAAAUUGCAAGCUUUAUUGGGAGAACGACGACUCUAGGAGGAACAUUUCAAUUUGUCCAACAAGUGCGGUAACUGGGGAGGGUAUCCCUGAUUUGUUAUUUUUAAUUAUGAAACUGGUUCAAAUGUUUAUGUCCAGAAGCAUUACAGUAUCAUUAACAUUCAGUUGUCACUUGAUGGAGGUUAAGAAUAUAGAGGGUUUGGGGGUUACUAUCGAUGUGAUAUUAUUUAGUGGCGAAUUAAGUGUGGGAGAUGUAAUAGUGGUUUGUGGGAUGAAUGGGCCUAUUGUGACUACAAUUAGGGCCAUUUUAACUCCGCAACCUCUAAAGGAGAGUAGGGUUAAGAGUGAAUAUGUUAGACAUAACAGUAUUAAGGGUACGAUUGGCAUUAAGAUUGUAUCACAGGGAUUAGAAGAUGCUGUAGCGGGAACGGAGUUACUGGUAGCUAAAGAUGGUGAUGAUAUUGAGGAAUUGAAAGUGGAGGUAAUGCGAGACAUAUCUUCAAUAUUUGACUGUGUUGAUCGAUCCGGAGUGGGGGUUUACUUGAUGGCUAGUACCCUAGGGUCACUAGAGGCUUUACUUCAAUUUAUAAAUGGGCAAAAGAUACCAGUAUUUUGUGUCAACAUUGGGGCAGUGCAAAAGAAGGAUGUCAAGAAGGCUAGCAUAAUGUUGGAGAAAAGGCCAGAAUAUGCGGCUAUACUUGCAUUUGACGUCAAAGUUACACAAGAUGCAGAAAAGGAGGCCGAAACGUUGGGAGUUACAAUUUUUUGUGCUGAUAUCAUUUACCACCUCUCUGAUAGGUUCACCAAGCACAUGGAGGAGCAGAGGGAACUAUACAGAAAACAGCGUAUACAUCAAGUCGUUUUCCCUUGUGAACUAUCGAUUAUUCCUAGGUACAUAUUCAAUAAGAAGGACCCGCUCAUUUUUGGAGUGAAGGUUGAGAAUGGGCUAUUAAAGGUGGGCACGCCCCUGGUGGUCCCUGAUAGAGACAACCUGAUGCUUGGCCGUGUUGGUAGUUUGGAAGUGAAUAAUAAACCUACUGAAAAGGCUGUUAAAGGCCAGGAAGUUUGUAUAAAGAUAUGCGGCGAACCUAAUAUACUAUAUGGCAGGCAUUUUGACGCCUCGAAUAAACUUUAUUCGAAGAUAACAAGGGAUUCGAUUGAUUGCCUGAAGGAAUUUUUCAGGGACGAGGUUCCAAAGGACGGAUGGCAGCUGAUUGUACAGCUGAAAAAAACAUUUAACAUCAUAUAG